ACAAGGGUCUGGAUCCCUGACCCAGAAGAGGUGUGGCGCUCAGCUGAAUUAACCAAGGACUACAAAGAGGGAGAGAAGAACCUCCAGCUCAGAUUUGAAGAUGAGACUAUCCAGGAAUACCCAAUUGAUGUCCAAAACAAUCAGUUGCCUUUCUUGCGGAAUCCAGAUAUUCUGGUGGGAGAAAACGACCUGACUGCCCUUAGCUAUCUGCAUGAGCCUGCAGUUUUGCAUAAUCUAAAGGUCCGUUUCCUGGAGUCGAAUCACAUCUAUACUUACUGUGGUAUUGUGCUUGUUGCCAUUAAUCCAUAUGAACAGUUGCCAAUCUAUGGACAAGAUGUCAUCUAUGCUUACAGUGGCCAAAACAUGGGCGACAUGGACCCCCACAUCUUUGCUGUGGCAGAAGAAGCCUACAAGCAGAUGGCCAGAGAUGAGAAGAACCAGUCCAUCAUAGUCAGCGGGGAGUCUGGAGCUGGGAAGACAGUGUCAGCCAAGUAUGCCAUGCGCUAUUUUGCCACAGUCGGCGGCUCAGCCAGUGAAACCAACAUUGAAGAGAGGGUCCUGGCAUCGAGUCCUAUCAUGGAGGCCAUUGGAAAUGCUAAAACCACUCGCAAUGACAACAGCAGUCGCUUUGGAAAGUACAUUCAGAUUGGCUUUGACAGAAGGUACCACAUCAUUGGGGCCAACAUGAGGACCUACCUGUUGGAAAAGUCCAGAGUGGUCUUUCAGGCAGAUGACGAGAGGAAUUACCACAUCUUUUACCAGCUCUGUGCUGCCGCCAGUCUUCCGGAAUUCAAGGAGCUCGCUCUAACAUGUGCCGAGGACUUUUUCUAUACAUCCCAGGGAGGAGACACAUCCAUCGAGGGUGUAGAUGAUGCUGAAGACUUUGAGAAGACUCGACAGGCCUUCACACUUCUUGGAGUGAGAGAGUCCCAUCAGAUGAGCAUUUUCAAGAUAAUUGCUUCUAUCCUGCACCUUGGAAAUGUGGAGAUUCAGGCCGAACGCGACGGUGAUUCGUGUAGUAUAUCACCCCGGGAUGUACACCUAAACAACUUCUGCCGACUGCUAGGGGUGGAGCACAGUCAGAUGGAGCACUGGCUGUGCCAUCGCAAGCUGGUCACCACCUCGGAGACCUACGUCAAGACCAUGUCCCUGCAGCAGGUGGUCAACGCACGCAACGCCUUGGCCAAGCACAUCUAUGCCCAGCUGUUCAGCUGGAUUGUGGAGCACAUCAACAAGGCCCUGCACACCUCCGUCAAGCAGCACUCUUUCAUUGGGGUCCUGGACAUCUACGGGUUUGAGACAUUUGAGGUAAACAGCUUUGAGCAGUUUUGCAUCAACUAUGCUAAUGAAAAGCUCCAGCAGCAAUUCAACUCGCAUGUAUUUAAACUGGAGCAAGAAGAAUAUAUGAAGGAGCAGAUUCCUUGGACCUUGAUUGACUUUUAUGAUAACCAACCUUGUAUUGACCUCAUAGAAGCUAAGCUGGGUAUCUUGGACCUGUUGGAUGAAGAAUGUAAGGUGCCCAAAGGUACUGACCAGAACUGGACUCAGAAACUCUAUGACCGGCAUUCCAGCAGGCAGCACUUCCAAAAACCACGCAUGUCCAACACAUCCUUCAUUGUUGCCCACUUUGCGGAUAAGGUGGAGUACCAUUCAGAUGGUUUUCUGGAGAAAAACAGAGACACGGUGUAUGAAGAGCAGAUCAACAUCCUGAAGGCCAGCAAGUUCCCACUAGUGAGCGACCUGUUUCAUGAUGACAAGGAUCCCAUUCCUGCCACCACCACAUCUGGGAAGGGCUCAUCUUCAAAGAUCAACGUUCGCUCCGCCAGACCCCCUAUGAAAGCCUCCAACAAGGAGCACAAGAAAACUGUGGGCCAUCAGUUCCGUACCUCCCUGAAUCUGCUCAUGGAGACCCUGAAUGCCACGACACCACACUAUGUCCGCUGCAUCAAGCCAAAUGACGAGAAGCUCCCCUUCCACUUUGAUCCCAAGAGAGCAGUGCAGCAGCUCAGAGCCUGUGGGGUGUUGGAGACGAUUCGCAUCAGUGCUGCCGGUUACCCCUCCAGGUGGACCUACCAUGACUUCUUCAACCGAUACCGUGUGCUCAUCAAGAAGCGAGAGCUCACCAACACAGACAAAAAGGCCAUCUGCAGGUCUGUCCUGGAAAACCUCAUCAAGGAUCCUGACAAGUUCCAGUUUGGCCGCACCAAGAUCUUCUUCCGGGCAGGCCAGGUGGCAUACCUGGAGAAGCUGCGGGCCGACAGGUUCCGAGCAGCCACCAUUAUGAUCCAGAAAACCGUUCGGGGCUGGCUGCAGAAGGUGAAAUACUGUAGGCAGAAGAGGGCCACUCUAACCCUGCAGAGGUACUGCCGAGGAUACCUGGCCCGCAGGCUGGCUGAGCAUCUGCGGCGGACCAGGGCAGCCGUGGUGUUCCAGAAGCAGUUCCGGAUGCGCAGGGCCCGCCUGGCCUACCAGCGGGUACACAGGGCUACCGUCGUCAUCCAGGCCUUCACUCGGGGCAUGUUUGUGCGCAGAGUCUACCGCCAGGUUCUCAGGGAGCACAAGGCCACCGUCAUCCAGAAGCACAUCCGAGGCUGGGUGGCACGCAGGCGCUUCCAGCAGCUACGGGACGCAGCCAUUGUCAUCCAGUGUGCCUUCCGGAUGCUCAAGGCCAAGCAGGAGCUGAAGGCCCUCAAGAUCGAGGCCCGCUCAGCAGAGCACCUGAAGCGCCUCAAUGUGGGCAUGGAGAAUAAGGUGGUCCAACUGCAACGGAAGAUUGACGACCAGAACAAAGAGCUCAAGACACUGUCAGAACAGUUGUCUACAGUCACCUCCAUACACACCAUGGAGGUGGAGAAGCUGAGGAAGGAGCUGGGGCAGUACCAGCAAAGCCAGGGUGUGGACACCAGCCGGGGGCUGCAGCAGGAGGUGGAGAGCCUGCGGCUGGAGCUGCAGAAGGUCCACUCGGAGCGCAGAGUCCUGGAGGACGCCCACACCCGGGAGAAAGACGAGCUGAGAAAGCGAGUGGCAGACCUGGAGGAAGAAAAUGCUCUCUUGAAGGAUGAGAAAGAACAGCUUAACAACCAAAUCCUGUGCCAAUCUACAGAUGAAUUUGCCCAGAACUCUGUCAAGGAAAAUCUCCUGAUGAAGAAAGAUCUGGAGGAGGAGCGGUCCCGGUACCAGAACCUCGUGAAAGAAUAUUCACGCUUGGAGCAGAGAUACGACAACCUUCGGGAUGAGAUGACCAUCAUAAAGCAAACUCCAGGCCACAGGAGGAACCCAUCAAACCAAAGUAGCUUAGAAUCUGAUUCCAAUUACCCAUCCAUUUCCACGUCUGAGAUCGGAGACACAGAGGAUGCUGUCCAACAGGUGGACGAAAUCGGCCUAGAGAAGGCGGCCAUGGACAUGACAGUCUUCCUGAAGCUGCAGAAGAGAGUGCGAGAGCUCGAGCAGGAAAGGAAGAAGCUGCAGGUGCAGCUGGAGAAGAGAGAGCAGCAGGACAGCAAGAAAGUCCAGAGGCAGGAGCUGGAGUCUGAGAACAAGAAGCUGAAGAAUGACUUGAACGAGCUGAGGAAGGCUGUUGCUGACCAAGCCAUGCAGAAUAACUCCACACAGAGCUCCCCAGACAGCUACAGCCUCCUGCUGAACCAGCUCAAGCUGGCCAACGAGGAGCUUGAGGUUCGCAAGGAAGAGGUGCUCAUCCUCAGGACCCAGAUCGUGAGCGCCGACCAGCGCCGACUGGCUGGCAAGAGCACGGAGCCGAACAUUAAUGCCAGGACCAGUUGGCCUAACAGUGAAAAGCACGUGGACCAGGAAGAUGCUAUUGAGGCCUAUCAUGGCGUCUGCCAGACAAACAGCAAGACUGAGGAUUGGGGCUAUUUGAAUGAAGAUGGAGAACUCGGCUUGGCCUACCAAGGCCUAAAGCAAGUUGCCAGGUUGCUGGAGGCCCAGCUGCAGGCCCAGAGCCGUGAGUAUGAGGAGGAAGUGGAGAGCCUCAAAGCCCAGGUGGAAGCCUUGAAGGAAGAGCUGGACAAGCAGCAGCAGACCUUCUGCCAGACAUUGCUGCUUUCCCCAGAGGCCCAGGUGGAGUUCGGCAUCCAGCAGGAGUUAUCCCGGCUGACCAAUGAGAACCUGGACCUUAAGGAGCUGGUGGAAAAGCUGGAGAAGAAUGAGAAGAAACUCAAGAAGCAGCUGAAGGUCCACAUGAAGAAAGUUCAGGACCUAGAAGCUGCCCAGGCGCUGGCCCAGAAUGAGAGGAGGCGUGAUGAGCUCACCCGGCAGGUCACCGUCCAGCGAAAGGAGAAGGACUUCCAGGGCAUGCUGGAGUACCACAAGGAGGAUGAGGCCCUUCUCAUUCGGAACCUGGUGACAGACCUGAAGCCCCAGACCCUAUCAGGCACAGUGCCCUGUCUCCCUGCCUACAUCCUCUACAUGUGCAUCCGGCAUGCAGACUACGUCAAUGAUGACCUCAAGGUGCACUCCUUGCUGACUGCCACCAUCAAUGGCAUUAAGAAGGUCCUGAAGAAGCACAAUGAUGACUUUGAGAUGACAUCGUUCUGGUUAUCCAAUACCUGCCGCCUACUUCAUUGUUUGAAGCAGUACAGUGGGGAUGAGGGUUUCAUGACUCAGAACACUGCGAAGCAGAAUGAGCACUGUCUUAAGAACUUUGACCUCACUGAAUACCGUCAGGUGCUGAGCGACCUUUCCAUUCAGAUCUACCAGCAGCUCAUUAAAAUUGCGGAGGGCAUGUUACAGCCUAUGAUAGUUUCUGCCAUGUUGGAAAAUGAGAGCAUUCAGGGUCUCUCUGGCGUGAAGCCAAUGGGCUACCGGAAGCGCUCCUCUAGCAUGGUGGAUGGGGACAACUCAUACUGCCUGGAAGCCAUCAUCCGCCAGAUGAAUACCUUUCACACAGUCAUGUGCGACCAGGGCCUGGACCCUGAGAUCAUCCAGCAGGUGUUCAAACAGCUCUUCUACAUGAUCAACGCGGUGACGCUCAACAACCUGCUCCUGAGGAAGGACGUCUGCUCUUGGAGCACAGGCAUGCAGCUCAGGUACAAUAUAAGUCAACUGGAGGAGUGGCUCCGGGGAAGAAACCUUCACCAGAGUGGAGCAGUUCAGACGAUGGAGCCCCUGAUCCAAGCAGCCCAGCUCCUGCAAUUAAAGAAGAAGACCCCAGAGGAUGCUGAGGCCAUCUGCUCCCUGUGCACCUCCCUCAGCACCCAGCAGAUUGUCAAAAUUCUAAACCUUUAUACUCCCCUGAAUGAAUUCGAAGAACGGGUAACAGUGGCCUUUAUACGAACGAUUCAGGCACAGCUCCAAGAGCGGAAUGACCCGCAGCAACUGCUGUUAGACUGCAAGCACAUGUUUCCUGUUUUGUUUCCUUUUAACCCAUCUUCUCUGACCAUGGACUCAAUCCACAUCCCAGCCUGUCUUCAUCUGGACUUCCUCAAUGAAGUCUGA